GUAAUCGUUUGCUUAUGUGGCCAACUUCUCACCAUAGACAACAAAAGUUCACGUUAUUAAAGUAACCUCCUUUCGAUUUGGUUAAGUCGAAUCGGACGGAGUGGCUCAAAAUGGGGCGCCGUCCAGCCAGGUGCUAUCGCUACUGCAAGAAUAAGCCGUAUCCGAAAUCGAGAUUUUGUCGGGGUGUACCAGAUCCAAAGAUCCGAAUUUUCGAUCUUGGUAAAAAGAAAGCAACCGUUGAGGACUUUCCAUUAUGCGUACAUCUAGUAUCGGACGAGUAUGAGCAAUUGAGUUCCGAAGCUUUGGAAGCUGGACGUAUUUGCGCCAACAAAUAUAUGGUGAAAAACGCUGGCAAGGAUCAAUUCCAUAUUCGUAUGAGGCUUCAUCCGUUCCACGUUAUUCGCAUCAAUAAGAUGUUGUCAUGCGCUGGAGCUGAUAGGCUCCAAACGGGAAUGAGAGGUGCUUUUGGCAAACCCCAAGGGACCGUUGCCAGAGUGCACAUAGGUCAACCCAUCAUGAGCAUACGGUCCUCCGACCGUCACAAGGCGGCGGUUAUAGAGGCUCUGCGACGUGCCAAAUUCAAGUUCCCUGGUCGUCAGAAGAUUUACGUAUCGAAGAAAUGGGGUUUCACCAAAUACGAUCGUGCUGAUUAUGAGGAACUGAAAGUGGCGGGUCGCCUUGCGCCGGACGGUUGCAAUGUCAAAUAUCUGCCUGAGCACGGGCCGCUCGAAGAAUGGAAGAAAUUCAGGAAAAUACUUGCUGCGGCCUAAAUGACAAUUUACAUUUUUGUACAGUGUAUUUUGCAAGAUACGAAUGUAAAUCCACCUUUGAAUACAAACAAUUGUAUUUUCGUAUCAAUUACAACAUUGUGCAGAAAGAACAA